CAUCGCCUUGCCCUAUUGCCGUCUCUCCCCCGUCAAAGCUCUGCCGAGUCCUCAAAUCGCGCAGCACACUCUCUCCUCUCUCUCUCGAUCCAGCCAUGGCUACUGCGUUAGCCGCGAUCGCAGCUCGCCGGGCCGCCGCUCUCUCGCGCGCCUCCUCUCCGGGGCUGUCGGCCCAAGCCGCCGCCUUCGGCCAGCGGCGCGGCCUCGCCGGUGCGGCGGAUCACCAUGGACCACCAAGAGUUAAUGUUUGGGAUGACCCUUUGAGUCCAUCUAAAUGGAAGGAAGAGCAUUUUGUAAUUGUGUCUUUGUCUGGUUGGGGUGUGCUUAUCUAUGGAGGGUACAAAUUCUUCACUGGGGGCAAAAAGGAUAAGAAGGAAGAGAAACUGGUGGAAGCAGCGCAUUGAAGUUUGGAUUGCAUAAUUUCACUAAUGUUUCCUGCUGAUAAGGCAAUCGACUGUAUUUGUUGAGAAUGCAUUUUUCCUUGUUGGAGAAGUUCUCUUUCAUUAGUUUCCAAGGAACUUAUGGGGAAUAAAUAGCAGAAAUCGUUUGCUUUAGCGUGGACAACAUGGCUGUUUUGCUAUCAUCAUGAUCAUUUUGAUAUGACCCAUUUGUUCAAA